CUCAGCGUUCAGCGUGCGUUAUGGAGCCGCGAGUCGCAGAGCUGAAGCAGAAGAUUGAGGACAACUUGUGUCCUUUUGGCUUCGAAGUUUACCCCUUCCAGGUGGCGUGGUACAAUGAACUCCUGCCUCCAGCCUUCCACUUGCCCUUCCCAGGACCUACCCUGGCCUUCCUGGUACUCAGCACACCUGCUAUGUUUGACCGAGCCCUCAAACCCUUCUUGAAGAGCUGCCACUUCCAAACCCUGAGAGACCCGGUGGAUCAAUGUGUGUCCUACCACCUGAGGAGUGUUACAGAGAAGUUUCCAGAAGUGCAUAUGGAAGUCAUUGCUGACUAUGAGGUACACCCCAAUCGGCGACCUAAGAUUCUCGCCCAGACAGCAGCCCAUGUGGCAGGUGCUGCUUAUUACUACCAACGACAAGAUGUGGAUGCAGACCCAUGGGGGACCCAGCACAUAGCAGGCGUGUGCAUACACCCCCGAUUUGGGGGCUGGUUUGCCAUCCGAGGGGUAAUGUUGCUGCCAGGGAUUGAAGUGCCAAAUUUGCCACCCAGAAAGCCCCCUGACUGUGUGCCUACAAGAGCUGGCCGCAUCACUCUGCUUGAAGGUUUCAAUUUCCAUUGGCGGGACUGGACUUACCGUGAUGCUGUGACUCCUGAAGAACGGUACUCCGAAGAACAGAAGAUCUACUUCUCCACCCCACCUGCCCAACGCUUGGCCCUAUUAGGCUUAGCCCAACCCUCAGAACACCCUAGCACUACAUCUGAGCAUCCUCUUUCCUUGCUUACUAAACCUCAGAAUUCCAGGAGAGCUCGAAGCUGGCUGAGUCCAAGUGCCUCACCACCUGUAUCCCCAGGCCCUUGAUAACUUUUGCCCUUCGGGAUCCCACUCAUAAUACAUUUAUUUUAAGUAGGAUUUGGGUUGUGAAAAAAAACACUUUCUCCUUUUUUAGUUUUUUUGUAGCCCAGACCAGGCUGGCCUCAAGCUAAGAGAGAUCCACCUGCCUCUGUUUCCUCCAGAGUGCUGAUUUUUUGCACUGUGGUAAAACCAUUUCAUUUUGGGUAGGAUUUCCUGAUAAUAGUGCUUCAGACAGUCAAGACUCAAUUUACAUUGGUCAAGAUAAAUCAGAUGCCAAGGCAGACUCAAAAUCAGCAGUUGACUUCAAAUAUUAGACUCAUGCCCAUUACUAUUUU